AUGCUUUCUAAGUCGAUAAGACGGCCAAUUUGCACUCAUGUCGCUACCUCCGCGCAGCCAGACUCCAAUAAGCCAGCGUUCUCACAGCCAAACAAAGUCGAUGCGAAACCUAUCGAGGGUAAAAGCCAUGGAGGUCAAGGGGCUGAAAGGGCUGGCGAUGUGGGAAGGAAGGGAAAGGGGAAAGAGAAAGCUGAUACGACCAAAAUAAACAAAUCUCCUAAAGACGCCCCAUCGGUAAGGGCGGUAAAUACACAAGUCAAUCCGGAGGUAGAAGCAAACGCCAAAUAUCCAAAAGCAAAAGCAAAGGCGCGGAAGAAAUUAGCGGCGGCACAAUCCAAGAAAGCAACGGGCAUAUCAGACGAGAAUAUAAAGAAUAUGAUCUUGAUUCAACAGAAAUCAAAGCUUAAGUUGAAAAAGAUUCGGCCUGGCAAAGUUAUAGCAGCAUUGAACCUCGCAGCACAAGCGGGAAAGUCGUCAGGUAAAAAGUCCAGGGACGCAUCAAAAGGGUCCAACCAAGAGGAAUUCGCCCCUGUGAGAUCAGCAACUCCAAAGUUAGCAAACGAGGCUACUGUUGAGGAUAUUGAAAUACUUCCAUUGAACACUGAAUCUGAUGACGUUCCCUCCCUAUCGUAUGGCUUGGACAGGGUCCUAUUCAAUCCGGGUGUUUACCAGCUACAGGAUUCCAGAACCUUGGUUUAUAAUUUCGAUCCCUAUCUGCGCGAUAUUAUGCCUGUUUCGGAGUUCGAUUUCAAGGCAUUAAACGACUACAUCACAUCUUCCAAAGAUGAUGUUCUCAGGAACAAAGCGAUAGAAGCAGGAAAAAAAUACAUUGGGUCGUCAUCUAGCAUGACUGGUGUACUUUCACACUUCCACUUCCUGCUGUCUGAAUGGCGAGAGAUCGAUACGUCGCAUUUGAGCGCUUCAUUUCCAGCUACAAUGAAAUCCUACACAAAGCUAUCCCGGCUCCCAGCGGUUGUAUUUUUAAGAUAUAAAGAUGGGGUUUAUGCCGUUGAUGCCGAUAAAGAGUGGGACAGCUCUAAUAUUUUGAUGGGGCUAGGAAAGUCAAUGGAGAAGUUGCUCACUAUGCCAACGGACCAAUAUGAGCGUUACCGGAGAGACAGCCCAGAUAAGAUACUGAAAGAGGACUCUCCCCCUGAGGUCUACCACUACUCGACGUGUGGGGAUUUUUUGAUGAGGUCACAGCUCGAUGCUUACGACCGUCGCCUUCCUGGCACUGGUAUGUUCGAUUUGAAAACCCGUGCGGUGGUUUCCAUCCGUAUGGACGCAAAAGAGCCGUGGAACGCCAUGGGAUACCAGAUAAAGUCACGCCAUGGGGAGUUUGAAUCCUUUGAACGGGAAUAUUAUGAUAUGAUGCGCUCCGCAUUUCUGAAAUACCACCUUCAGGUCCGAAUUGGCCGAAUGGACGGGAUAUUUGUUGCAUUCCAUAAUAUCAAACGGAUAUUCGGAUUCCAGUAUAUCAGUUUACCCGAGAUGGAUAAAUGCAUCCAUGGGCAAGAAAAUACUGCUCUCGGUGACGCUGAGUUCAAACUCAGUAUCAACAUUUGGAACAAGGUCAUCGAUGUAGCCACCAAGGCGUACCCUAAACAGUCUCUAAGAUUUCACUUUGAGACUCGCGAAACCCAGAAUCCAUUCAUGUACAUCUUUGCCGAACCUAUGACUGAGGAGGAGAUAACAAAGAUUCAAGAGCGGAAUCUCGACGAGAUCAAGGCUUAUGAGAAACGGGUAUUCUACCCUGAGUUGCUUGAGUCUAGUAAAGCGGAGUCGACGACUGGUGAAGAGCGUAGCUCGACUGGGCAGGCACUGCAGUCAAAAGAGCAUAGCUUCGGUGAUGAAUCAGACCCUGAGUUAAGCAGCGAGGCAAUGGAUAUUGACCCUGAGAAGCCCCUACUUGCUAUGGCGCUCUCAAUCCGAAAUUUUGUUAAUGGAAAAGAAGUAGACAGGCCCACCAUGUUCACUUCCAAGGACACAUGGACAGUAAAGUACCAGCUAGCCCAUUUUGCCAAGGAACGAGGAUGGACUUUGUAUAACGCAUGCAAGAGGCGACGAUCAAAGUUCCUUGGAGCUCUCGAGGAUGAAGAAGCCCCAAACACAUCUUUCCAAGAAAAAUUGAACGCGAUUAGUAAGGAUGGACAGAAAUGGAGAGAUGAAAUGGAUAAAAUCGAGAAAGAGAAGGGCAUAAUUCGGUAUCAGAGCUAA